UCAGCCAGUCACACACACUCUCAGCCAGUCACACACACACUCAGCCAGUCACACACACACUCAGUCACUCACACACACACUCAGUAACACACUCAGUCACUCAGUAACACACUCAGUCAGUGCCACAGCAGCACCGGGACCAUGCCUCCGUUUGAUAAGACCCAGGUGCAGAGCAAGCCCUUCAAACAGAGGAAGAGUUUCGCUACGAGGAAGCAAGAAGUGGCGGGGAUCCGGUCCAAGUUCCCCAACAAGAUCCCGGUUAUAAUUGAACGCUACGCGAGGGAGAAGUAUCUUCCUCCACUGGAUAAAACAAAGUUCCUGGUGCCCCAUGAACUCACCAUGACUCAGUUUGUCACCAUCAUCAGGAACAGGAUGUCCCUGCUGCCGUCCCAGGCCUUCUACCUGCUGAUUAACGGUGGCGGCAUGGCGAGCAUGUCCCUGACCAUGGCGCAGGUCUACAGAGACCACCAGGACGAGGACGGCUUCCUCUACAUGACCUACGCCUCGCAGGAGAUGUUCGGACGCUGACCGCCAACGCGGGCGCCGUGGCGUUACUUACUGCAGACUUUUAUUAAAACGCCUCACGCUGAAAGGCUGCUGCCCCCCCCCCCAUCAUGCUGUAAAUACUAAAUAUUUUAUAUGAACUGUUGAUUUGUGAGAGACGGAUGUUUAAAUAUGUGGAGCCAAUAAAUGUUAGUAUGACAAGCAG